AUGCAUCUCUUGUGCUCUCGUUUUCCAAUUCCUAUAGAUGCCUCUUUCGAUACUAUUGAAUAUUGUCAUGCACAAAGAGGUUAUUUAAACUGUAGCGGUUGUAAAAUUAGAAACACGACUCAGUUCCGUAAACUGGUGGUGGAAAUUUAUUUGGAUCAAUUUCCGGCGUUCACAUAUGAGAUUAUUUUAAUUUUCGAUCGGAUUACUGGGAAACGGCAUUUUUACUAG